CACAAAAUUAAUACUAUCGUUCAUCCUUUUAAAAGGCUUACAGGCGUUGGCAACGGGAUCAGCAAAUCCGCAGUCAUUCAUUUAACCAGAGAGAAGAUUGCCAAACCAAGUCACAAAUUGAAAUUGAAAAAAGAGGGGAUUUCAUGAGGUUGAAAAGACUUGAAGAGUUUGAAAGACUUGAGGAGGAGAGGAAAAUAAAAGAACGGCAGAUAAAAGCUAUGGAAGAGCUGGAAAAGACACGAAGGCAGCAAGAAAUGCAGCUGGCAAUUGAAAAAGAGCAGGUGGAACGGGAAAAACUGAAGGAAUUUAAACUCCGUUUGCAAAUUCGAGAGCAAAGUGUUGAGUUGCGACAGCUGAAGGCCCAACUUGAGGCUGCUUACAUUACCAAAGAACUGGUUGCCCAGCGAGCAGAGAGGGAAGCACAAAGACUGAAAGAGAAGGUGAAAGAUGCCAAAGCUCACAAAGAGCAGCAACAAAUUUGGGCCAAUUAUGACGAGGAGGAAAAGAAGUUGGUGCAGCAGAAAGCAAAAGUUCAAAGGGACCACUACGCUGAGCUUCAGAAACAGAUUGAGGAAAGGGAGGAGCUCAGAGAAAAGGCCUUGGAGCUUAUCCUGAUUGAGAAGAAAAUCUUGGACGAGUUAAUGUUGCAGUUCCAACAGGAGAUUGAAAGGGAGAGUAUUGAAAGGAUGGUAAAAAUGCAGGCAUUUAAAGAGGACAUAGAGUCUUUCAAGCUGGAGCAGGAGGCGUGGAAGGAGGUGCAGAAGAUGAAGUUUGAGAUGGAGCAAAAGAGGAUUGAAAACUAUUUAACGGAGCAAGAAGAAACAAUCCGGCUGAGGGCUUUGGCUGCCAAGAAGAAGAAAUCCGAGAAGCACAAGAUAGUUGAAAAGCUGGCUGAAAAGCUGGCGGAAGAAGAAAGGCUGAAGGUCGAGCGGGAGGAGUUGCUGCAAGAGCUGGCAGCCGAGGAGGCCAGGCAGCAGGCUGAGAGAGCUGCCAGACUGGAAUUCGAGCGGCGGAUCAAGCAGCGGCUCAAGAUGCGUGCCAUCUGGCUCGAGGAGGCCAAGGAGAAGCUGCGCCGGCUGGAAGAGGAAAAGAAGCGAGAGGCGCAUUUCAGACAAGAGAUGAUGGAACGACUGGCCGAGCAACAAAAGCUAGAGCAGCUUAGCGCGGCCAAAAGGCGGGCGAAGCAGGCGGAACACAGAAGGGCCGUGGAGCAGCUACUGGAGGAGCGGCGGAAAGAGAGGGAAGAGGCCAAGCGGCGGCUAGACGAGCUAUACAGACAAGAAGAGGAAGAGCACAAGCUCAAAUUGGCUAUAAUUGAGGAGGAGCGGCUAAAAAUGCUGCAAGAGCAUGCUGCCAACGUGCUAGGAUUCUUGCCAAGGGGGCUUUUGAGAGAGGACGACUUGGCUGUCAUCAGCGACCCAGAUACGACGUGAGUACAAAGACGCUGUUGUGUGUGCGGGGAAAUGAAAAAGUUGCGGUUCAACGUAAUAACUUGGAGUAAAAUUUAUUUCAAGGUAAAAACAGCACGAUUAACAAUAAUGCAGUACGCGAUUCCAUAGAAAAAAUACAUACAUGUGACUCGGUGCAAUAGACAAUUACCUUUUUGCAUUGUCCUCUGGUGGUGCUCGUGUAUUAAAUUGGUCUGACAAUGACUGAACAAUUGCCGUCGCCGCCAAGGGCGAACACUCGCUUCCCGCCUUAUCUUAACACUAAAAAGCGACUCAGUCCACAAUCAUGGGAAAUUUGAUACAUUUGUGGUUCAUUAAGAUAAUGAGAUAAAAUUAUUACAAUGCUUGCGAAAUACUAAGAUUACAGGAAGAGCUUUCAAUUGAGUUUGAAUUUAAAAGAGCAAUCAAUCCACCGUCACGCUGACCUUUGCUCUGUCUGUCCGUGAGCAGGAGUGCGAAAAAGUGUAAUCACGGCCACAAGUGGCAACUGAGACAGGCAAGCUGAUUAUUUUAUUAUUUAUUUAUCAGGGAAAAUUUUACAUCAAAGGAAAGCUUAAGAAAGAGCUUCAAAAUAUUGGGUUUUAACUAUCUGUGCCGUUUUUAUGUGCAUAAUUAAUAUAAAUCUGAAUAUUGAACAAGUUUAUGAACAUUAAAAAUUCUUUGAAAUAUUCCUUUUGCUUUGCUGUAACGUAACAAACUGGAAUUGGACAUUUUACCUCAGAUCGCUACGAAGCUUACCUGAUAAGGCAGAUCUAUGCCCAAAAAUAGCGAAACCUUUAGUUCAUAAAAUGCUUAAAUUGGAUCAGUAAGGGGCCUAAUUUUGAUGUUAUCUUACU